AUGUGUCGCAUCCUCAUUCUAGUACUAUACUCGGUAAUUAGUUGUUAUGCUAUCGAAUGCUCAUGGGAUAGCAGUUCGUAUUUCGGAGAUAUUGUUGCAAAUGCUCCAAAAGACAUCAUUGCAGCACUGAAAAAGCAUAUGGGUAAAAGACCUGAUAAAAAUGACAUGAUAGUAAAGGUUUUAGUCACGGAAACGAACGGUGAAAAAGCAUUAUACGUAGCAACUGGAAAUAUUUUAAUCACAGAAGCGAACGGUGAAAAAGCACUAUACGUAGCAACUGGAAAUGUAAGUUUUAUUCUCCCGAAUUAUCAGUUUGAUGGAAUAAUACUUGUCAUGAAAUUUGACCCAUCCUUCAAUAAAGCUACAAAGUUGCCUUUGAGCGACAUGACUACGAAAAUCAUUGAAUGCAGACGUAUAGGACCCGUUCCGGACCUCUCAGCAAUGGAAAAACUUCUCCAUCUACAAGAUUAA